GGAGCGGCUGAAAGGCGGAAGUGGAGGCCGGAGCCUGGGACACUGCCGGGGGGGAGAGGAGCGGAGCCAGUCCGCAGAGCCGGCCCCAGCAGCCCCGUCGCCCCAGAGCCUCAUUGGAGGCCUCCUCUCCCCACUAAGUGCCUCUGCACUCAGUAUUAGCCUCCCACCCCAUCCCCCACGCUCACUGGUGCCACUGCUGUGGGACGGGCCAUGGCGGGUCGGGGAGGCGCAGCACGACCCAAUGGACCAGCUGCUGGCAACAAAAUCUGCCAAUUUAAACUGGUCUUACUGGGGGAGUCAGCAGUGGGCAAGUCAAGCCUCGUCCUCCGCUUCGUCAAGGGACAGUUUCACGAAUACCAGGAAAGCACAAUUGGAGCGGCCUUCCUUACACAGACUGUCUGCUUGGACGACACAACGGUCAAGUUUGAGAUCUGGGACACAGCAGGACAAGAGCGGUAUCACAGCCUUGCCCCCAUGUACUAUCGGGGCGCUCAGGCAGCCAUUGUGGUCUACGACAUCACAAAUACAGAUACAUUUGCACGGGCCAAGAACUGGGUGAAAGAGCUGCAACGGCAGGCUAGUCCCAACAUAGUCAUUGCACUCGCCGGCAACAAGGCUGACCUGGCCAGCAAGAGAGCUGUGGAUUUCCAAGAAGCGCAGGCCUAUGCAGAUGACAAUAGUUUGCUGUUCAUGGAAACAUCAGCAAAGACAGCAAUGAAUGUGAAUGAAAUUUUCAUGGCAAUAGCCAAGAAGCUGCCCAAGAAUGAGCCCCAGAAUGCACCUGGUGCCCCGGGCCGGAAUCGGGGUGUGGACCUUCAGGAAAACAGCCCAACCAGCAGGAGCCAGUGCUGCAGCAACUGAGCACCCACUUGCCCGCCCACUGCCCCCCGCCUCUCCCUGCCUGAACAACCUGACUGGAAUCCACUCUAACCAAUCGCACUUAACGAGAGCGAGCCGCCAUGGGGGGGCCUGCCGUGAUUUCUCCAUAUAUUUUUUGAUCGUAGGCUGGAGGGAGCUAUUCCACCCGCACCUUUCUGUACAAAUACUAAUUCAAUUUUAAGUCUUAAGUCACUUUUUUAAUAUAUAUGAACUUCAGCUCUUCCUACCCCUCCCCUCUUAUUCUUUUCUGGUGGUAGCUGCAUGUCCCAAUUCUUCUCCCUGCCCUUGUAUUUUUUAGAGGUGGGGGGAUAGGGAGGUGGUUACCCCUCCUGUCCCUUUUGCUGAUUGGGAGAAGUGUUGGUAGCACCUCAGUCUCAUUAUAUCUUCACUCACCAUCUUGGAGUGGGUUUUGUUUAUCUUGGGACAGAAGGAAAGCCCUGGGUGGGGAAGGGAACAAGGAGGAUUUUCCCUCAGCUGGUUCUUAUUGGGGCCACCCUACUCCUUUACCCCACCCCACUGACUUACAGCCCAGAGAGAAACAGCAUUAUUAUGGCAGCCAAGAACCCUUUUCCCAGAUCUCCUGCUACCACCCGGACCUCUGGCUCUGAGCCCUAUUUUGACCAAAUCAUAAUGAUGAGUAUUUGGGGGGGAGGGGGGGAGGAGGGAACGGAACCAACUUUUUCUGUAUUUUGUAUUGUAUGUUUUCUUCAACAUGUAACCAAUCAGUAUCUUGUCAAUAUAGUACACCGAUCGACCUCUCA